UGGAAUCAAUAAAGUCCAUUGUUUUCUCAUUCUAUUAUAUAUUUGUCAAGGCAACAGUAACAAAUUUAUCGCGAAGUAGGAGUCCAAUAAGUGUAUUUUUAUUUUGCUCGAGGAUUACGUGGAACCCAGAUUAAUUGAAAAAACAAUGUUUAUCUUACCUCUUCUGUCACACUUGGUGAUUGUCAUAGUCUUCUUGAUUUUGGUCCUGAUAGCCUUCUAUAAAUGGAGUUUUCUUUACUGGAAAAGGCGAAACAUACCCUUUCUGGAACCAUCAAUUCCAUUUGGCAGUUUGAUGAAUAUGUUGACAAGAAAAAUAUCAAGGAUAGAAGAGCUAACAAUGAUGUACAACGAAUGUAAGAAAAGAGGUUACAAGCACUGUGGAAUCUGGCAACUGGCAGAUCCCACUUACUUCGUUGUUGACUUGGAAUUGCUGAAGAACAUCUGCAUCAAAGAUUUUGAACACUUUGUUGACAGAGGGUUUUACUUCAACGAAAAGGAUGAUCCCAUAAGCGCUCACCUCUUAUCCCUUGAUGGAGACAGAUGGAAAACUCUACGGAAACAGUCAUCGACAAUUUUCUCGGGCGCUAAAUUGAAAGGAAUGUUUCCAAAUGUGUUGGCUUGUGCUGAAAGUUUGGAAAACUACGUCGCCUCUCUAGUUGAGAACGGCUCUCAGCCUGUGAAUGUAAAAGAUAUAGCCUCCUCUUUUGCAGUAGACUCAGUGGGGUCCUCUACACUGGGAAUCAAAUGCAGAGGUUUUACAGACCCAGACAAGAAGUUCAUUCACUACUCAAAACAAGCGUUGGAAACCGAUAGAAAAUCGCAAUUGAGGAUGCUUUUUGGUAUAUUCUUUCCAAACGCCGCCAGAAAAAUGGGUAUGAGACAGCAGAACAAAGAUAUUGGCGAUUUUUUCACAAAUGUUAUAUGUGAUACUGUUCAAAAAAGAAAAGCACAAAACGUGGAAAGAAACGAUUUUCUUCAGUUGCUUAUGAAUUUGAAAAACAAGAACGAAAUAUCUUCCAAUGGACCCAAACUUACAAUGAACAACGUUGCAGCUCUCAGUUUUGGUCUCUUCAUAGGUGGUUUUGAAACGAGUACUUCAUCUUUCACAUUUUGCAUGUUUGAACUUGCCAGUCAUCAAAACAUUCAGGACAAAGUCAGAGAGGAGGUUAAAACGGUUUUAGCCAGACAUAACAAUGAGUUUUCGUACGAAUCCUUGGGAGAAAUGAAAUAUCUACGACAAGUAUUGGAUGAAAAUUGGAGAUUACAUCCACCAGCCCAUACAAUCAAUAGGAGGUGCACUAAGGAUUACAAGGUUCCCGGAGAAGACCUCAUAAUUGAAAAAGGAACGAAUGUUUUGGUCACCAUAACUGGAAUACACCGAGAUCCUGAAUACUAUCCUAAUCCACUGGUGUUCGAUCCAGAUCGUUUCAGUGAAGAGAAUAAGAAAAAGAUACCACCAUUCGCUUUCAUUCCCUUUGGAGCAGGCCCCAGGAUAUGCAUUGGUGAAAGAUUUGGCAUUAUGCAGGUUAAGUUAGCCUUAGCUAACAUAAUUUUAAAAUACAGGGUGACGUUAGACAAGAAAACAAUAACACCCAUCCGACUUCUUCCUUCUCCCAUGGUUCCCGUUGUUGAUGGAGGUGUGUGGGUGAAUUUUGAAAAACUUUGAGGGUCCCGUCUCAAGAUAUCGGUUGGUCCAAAAAUCUGGGCAAUUAAAUACUGCCAGGUUAGCUUAUAGUUAAAACUAUUUCAGCAAAUUGUUGAACUUCAAGCACACUAUUAGGAUCAUUUCACUAAUCUCCCAAAUCGGAUUUUCAAACUCUUUAUUAAUUUACUCAAUUCAUUUCAGUUUAUUCUGUUAAGAAACAUGAAUGCUUAUAAUUAGGGACUAAAAAUAAAUACAAAGUAUUAUAAAAUAACAGAAAAAAGAUAUUUCACGAUGAACACAUAACAUAUCUUAGGUGACACUUGAAUUUUGAAAUGGAAUAUAUGUAUAAUGAUCCCAUUGUGAUACAUCGACUUUUUUGCAAAAUUUUUUGUUUCUUGAUUUUUCACAGAAAUUUGGUUUGUCUUGUGGCAUGAUUGUGAAUAUGUCCAAUUCGAAUAAAAUUUGAGUUUGA